AUGCUCGACCCGUUCUGCUUCCUGAAGAUGUACUUGAACGAGAGGGUCGAAAUAAAGACAAAGAGCGGAGAGGUCUAUGCAGGAAUCCUCGAGGGGUUCGACGAGCACAUAAACCUCAUGCUGACACACUCGUCCGUAGAGGGCUCCCACAGCAAGGUCCUCUUUCUGAGGGGGGAAAACAUCCUCUUUGUCGCCGCCCCUCCCUGA